GUGACGUAAUCAUCGGGUUUCAAGAUGGUGGUUUCCGUUGUUUCUAAGAUGACCGGCACAACGGUUUUAUUUGCUAUUUUGUUUUCUGUAUUUUCUGCAGGGAGCUGCAGCGCCCAGGUUCCUCUGGUGAUGUGGUCAAGUGAAGGGUACUCUUUGCCACAGCAGGUUGCACCACUAGCCGGACACAUUGUAUCAGGUUCCCAGCUGGCUUCCUACCUGAAAACUGCACUCACUUCUGGCCCUCAGAAUGUUCUCCUGUUCCUCCAGGACAAGCUGAGCAUGGAUGACUUCACUUUGUAUGGAGGAGUUUUUGGGAACAAGCAAGAUAGUGCUUUCCCCACCCUGGAGGCAGAGCUGAGAUCUUCUGCCUCUCCUCUGGUCCUCCCAGCCCUGUCAUGGCCUGAUUCUGGUGCCAUCCCACGGAUACUGCAGGAGCAGUUGGGCACCUCCCCACUCUACCUGGACCCAGAGACCUUGUCACAGUUGCGCCUCAAUGCCUCUGGCUCUUCUCUGCUGAUCUUCCGUCUGCCCUACAGCACAGAUAGGUACUGGGGAAAUUACAACAACAUCAAUACUAGAAAGCAGUAUCAGCAAGGCUUAUCAACUAGUUUAACAGUAACUAUUGCUGACAUGAUCUCCCCCAAAGCUGUUCUCACUGGAAAUGAUGACAUGAUUCGCCAGGUGCUGAACAUUAUUAAGGGCCAGGCCAUUCCCUACACUGCUAUUUACACGGCUGUCAGACCAUCACGGGUGAUCCAGGAGGUGUCCCUGGAGAGCCUCCCAGUUGCCCGAACCCUGCUGCAGGCCCCAGCCAGCGAGCCUUACCCUCCCCUGGAGUUCAGGAGUGGAGUGUCUACAUGCAUCCUCUUCUGGGCUGAGAACCUGACUGUCAGUCACUUCCAGGGCCAGUGGAGGCGCCAUGGCCUGAGCUCACAGACCUUUGGCUCCUCUGCCUCUGUCUCACUGACAGGUUCCACCUGCAACCAAACCCACUCACGGCUUGUUCUAAAUUAUCAGAACAUUCUUAAUUUCCGGACCUUCAGACUCAUCUUCUCCAUGAGCCGACGCUUCUACCAAGUUUCAGGACGCCACUGGUUUACACUGGACCAAGUACAGCUGGAGUACGAUGGUCAGAAGGCGACCUUCAACAGCAGUCGUAACAUCUAUGCCCCUUCAGAGUAUUCCUACCGCUGCAAGUCGGUCACCAGCUUCCGAGACCCACUACUGGUGCCACGUACAGCCAACGACAAUGCCACCCAGUGGAGGCUCUCAUUCGAUGACUUCCAGAUCCAGGGCUUCAAUGUGACUGGCUCAGAUUUCUCUUAUGCCAGUGAUUGCGCCAGCUUCUUCACACCUGGUGUUUGGAUGGGUCUGCUGACCUCGCUCCUCAUGCUUCUCGUGCUUACCUAUGGCCUUCACAUGAUCAUACAGCUACGCACCAUGGACCGCUUCGAUGACCCCAAGGGCCCUGCAAUUGCCGUGCCCCAGAAUGAGUGACACCCUCCACCGAUAAAGCCGUCUGUCAUCAAACCGAAAGAGAAUUGCGCAUCAUACUUCUUCCUGUCUUCAGUUAUGUUGUCUUUUCCUGUCACUGUUCUUUCUCUACCCUGAAGGGUCCAAAAUACAUCACCCAUUCCUGUUUUUAAUUGACGUCCUACCUGGAUUUAAGCUAUGGAAUACAAAUACUGUACCAUGUAUGAUGAUGACCUAGUAGUUCUACUGCACUAAAUAGCUCAGGGACUCAUUAGUCUUCGUGAGUCCUAUGGAAACUGUCUAGUCACUUAUGUGGGAUCUCUCUUUUCCCUAUUGGUUGAAUUUCUCACAAAAGCUUUUCCAGCUGAGCCAAUCUGGAUUUUCCAUAAAACGUCACCUUGAUUGGCUGUUGGGGAAAGUAUUACCUACUAUAGAACUAAACAAAUUAGUUUAUAUUUCAUAGGUGCAUGUUUUAACAUACUGUUCUGUCUUGAGUGAAAAAUCUCACACAGCAAUCAACCUUGUGGCAGAAUUUUUGUUUGUUAGUAGUACAAAUUAUGAAUGCUGUUACAAGAACUUUAAUAUGUUAUACUUACAUUUAAGCAGCUUUGCACUGGACUCAAAAUUUUGACAUCCUGUGUGCUGAAGCAGUAUGAGAAUUUGUCCACUUCUCUAAUCUUAUUGUGUGUGGUUUACAAAGCUUUGUGUAUCUGUGGCUUAAAGUGAAGAUUCUGUACAGUAUAUGAUUGUUCAGCUACAUUCUGGUGGUACUGAGAGUUGUAUGUAAAGAUGAAUACUUCGAUCCAUGUUUCUGUAUGGUAAAAUAUUUGUUUUUCCCUUUUGACUUGAAGCUGCCGAGGGAGCACCCUAUGAGAAUGAAACUUUGGCUUAUGGAGUUUUAUUUGUGUGCAAUGAUGUAUUUAUAUAUUUGUUGUGAAAUGUCAAUAAAGGUGAUAGUAUUCUGUAAACCUUA